AUGGCGGUCAGUGAUCUUCUUGCAGCUAUCAUCCUAUUUCCACUUCCGAUUAUGCUCAUAGCAUUUAACCAUCAAUUGAUGGUUAGUGGUGAAGUUAUAGGAAAUAUUCUGUGUAAGUUGUUGCCUUUCAUGUUAAAUGUCUGUUUCACUGCUUCAGUUGGUAGUUGUGUUUUUAUUGCCAUUGAUCGCUAUAAUGCUGUCGCGAAACCAUUCAAAAAAACCUUACUGACAAAGAUGAAAUGGAUCAUUUUCGGUAUUUGGAUUUCAACAGUUCUUCUCUGCUUGCCGUACUUGUACUUUGUUAUUGCUGUCAAGAAUCGUACCCUAAUAACUUGUACAGUGCCAUUGGAUAAGGUGUUUUCUUAUAAGGUGUAUCUUUACAUCACUUUAUCUCUGAUCUGUGGUUUGGCAGUUCUGUUCAACAUCAUCACCUACACGCUGACUGUCUUUAAACUGUUUCACCACAAAGUACCUGGACUACCAAAAGCCGCACUUAAACGAAGACAGCAACAGAACAGAAAAGUGCUUAAAAUGGCCGUGACAAUUGUGGUUUUACUUUAUCUUUGCAAUGGCAAUUAUUUUAUUGCUGUUUUGYUGGCUUACGAAGGAGAAUGGGUGUCAUCAUCAGCAUUCCGUAAUUUUAGUUAUGCGUCUGUUUUCCUGUUCUAUAUGCGAGUCGUGUACAAUUUCUUCAUCUGUUUGUUUUUCAACGAUAUUUACCGUGAAAAUGUMAAGACUAUUGUAACUAAAGUUUGGUGCAAAUUAUAUGAAAUGAAUGUCAAGAUCAAGAAGCCUCUUCCAYAACCCGCCGUCAUCCAACUGACACUAGAAACAAUACCCAAAUAA